ACGUCGCUGUCAGAGCACUGUAGCUUGUCAGGACAGUUAUAAGGAGACCGCAAGACGAAGACGAACUUACACUCACAAACAUCGAGCCGAGUCUCAUUGUUGUUAUCGUUUCCCACCUCUUGUUUCCACCAUGAAAGCCAUCAGUCCCGUCCGCUCGGUGAGGAGCUGCUACAAGGCCGUGUGCUGUAUUUCGGAGCAGAGCCUCGCCAUCAGCCGGAAUAAACACUCGUGUCUGGAGGAGCCGGUGAGCGCCCUGUGCGACAUGAACGACUGCUACUCCAAACUGAAGGAGCUGGUGCCGAGCAUCCCGCAGAACCAGUCGGUCAGCCAGGUGGAGAUCCUGCAGCACGUCAUCGACUACAUCUUCGACCUGCAGAUCGCGCUGGAGGCGGAGGACGCAGCCGCGCCGGAGAUGUUUUGUCAAAUAAAGACUGCGGACCUUACUCGCAGUUUCUCCAAAGAAGAAGGGCGGUUGUGCCAUUAGGAUGACGAUGACAUGUUAUGGUGCAGGGAAACACAUGUCUCCACUUCACUCCGGGCAAGAGGACAAGAGGGGCAGAAAGGGUGGGAUAGGUAUUUGGGAGAGAAGGAGAAGAAGGAGGAGGAGGGAAGUGGAGGGUUUAAAGAAAGAAGACAAGAAAAAAGUGGACCGUUUCCUAGAUGAGUGGGGAUCAACAGUAGUGCAUGAGCAAGAAAACAGAGACUCAUUCUUUGGCCCCUGGACAGACAAAUCAACACACCAAAGCAGAAGCCAGGAUUGGAAACUGAAAGCGACCGGCUUUAUAUUCCCUCCUCCAAAAACCUGGGAUCACCUGUAGGUAGAAGUAGAAAUAUUGGUACAUUGUUCUUCUAUUUUCCUUUUUUUUUUUUUUUUUGUGUUGCAUUCCAAACAAACUUUUUGUGGGUUAAACCCAACCAGAACCCUUUCUACACCAAGUCUCACAUGAUCUCACUUAAUUAUCCCAGCAUUAUUUCCCCUUCUUAAUCUUAUUUCUAAUGAUCUGGAGACUGUUAAAACUUCCUACGAAUGUGUACAUAUCUGCUGUGGGUAUGUAAGGUGUGAGUCAGUUUGGAUGUUGGUAUUUUUUCUGAAUGGGAGUUUGGGUUUUCUUAGGUAUAAUCAGAACUCUAUACUAGAGUUAAUUGUAAAUGUUUGUAGGGAUUGUGUUAUUUCUACAGACCAUGUGCUGUGAGUUUCAUAAACUCUUUAUUAUAAAGUUUGCUUUGUAUGUAUGAAUGUUCUUAUGUAAUGAAAUAAAAAAAAUAUGUGAAACA